AUGGCGGCAUCGAUCCUUUGCAAGAAAAUUCACCCCAUUUUCGCAGACGGGCUCCACGUUCUCCCUCUCCGACAGGCUAGCGUCAGCCAAUCGCGGCCCACGACGGGGGCGGAGCCUGUGGAAAGGCAGCAUUUAAUUGGUGAUGGUCACUCAGAUUGGAUGACGGAAAAAGUUGAUUUGUCUUCAUUCGUGUCAACUACCGAGUCGUCCCCCAGCUCAUCCCUUCCACCCUCACCGUUAGAACAAGAUGUCAAGGUGCCCUCAGACCUGGAGGUCAUGACCUCUCUAUUGCAGGAGGAGCUAGCUCAGCUGGAGGACUACUUCCGAUCAGAGUCCACUGCCACGGCCAGCAAGUUGGAAAAAUCCUCGAAAUGUGACAAAGGUGCCCAAGCAAUGGGCUCGCAGUCUUAUUACCAGUUACCCUAUAACUCUUAUGGGACCAGCCAAUCAGACACCAGCCCCGUGGUUGUUACCUUGGCAACAGGGGAACUGGACCUGGCCAGCUUCUGUGGCGGUCCCAUGGGCAGAUCCAAAAUCACGCGACCUGCUCCGUACAACUACCACCACCGGUACCACCACAACAGUGGGCGAAGAAUAAUCAGCGAGGCAGUGAAAGUCGGGGAGGAAGUUGGACUCGAUACGUGGGGCUCCAGGGGGAGCUACUCAGGAAGCACAGAGUUUUCUGUCAACCACUACUCCACGUUGAAGACGGUCAGCAAGAACAGCCUCGGUGGCAUCAAGAAGGUGAGAGAAUGUGCUUUAUCGUUGAAGGAAGAGGAGAGCUAUUGUUUUUCCGAAGGAAUGUUUUGCAGCGAAGAAAUCGCACGAAGCUUUUGCCUGGGUGGCUCGUACGACAGCCACCACAAACGAGAGGGACAGCUAAUGCACAAUGUGAAGGUUAAUGUAAGUUACGACAGCGCUGGGCUGGAGGUCCUGCACUGCAGCAAAGAUGGAGGACUGUCUGGAAGUAUUCCCCAAGAGACAAUGAUGGCUGCUGACGGCUACUUCCAUCAAUCAAUGGCCAGCGCAGAGCCAUACCAUAGCUUUAUCGGUGAACUAGACCAGCCGUCGCAAUCUGUAGAGCCCCAACAUGGUCACUACCUCUAUCCAGAAUGCCUUGUGGAUCAAAGUUACGAAUGUCUGUCGAGAGGAGAGGGCGAGGGGGCGCUUCUGGGCGCUCCCAUCCACCGCCCGACUCAGAGACUAAAGGACGAGCCCUGCUCCAUUAAGUCGACGCUGGUGGUCGGUGCCGCUUCUUUGGAUUUGAACACUGGGGAGAGGAAGCAGAAGAAGAGAGACCAGAACAAAACUGCUGCUCACAGGUACAGGCUGCGGAAAAGGGCAGAGUUGGACUCUCUGGAAGAGGAGCUUCAUGGGCUGGAAGGUCAGAACAGGGAACUUCGUGACAAGGCGGAGUCAGUAGAGCGAGAGAUUCAGUAUGUGAAAGAUUUACUUAUCGAGGUCUACAAGGCUCGCAGUCAGCGGCUCAAACAAGAUGGCAGUGCCUAA